AUGGAAAGCAAACUAUAAAAUUUUGAGAUUUUGAACAAACUAGGUAUGAUUGUAAUCAGGAAAUUAUUGUAGGUUCUGGAGCUUAUUCUUCUGUUUACAAAGUGUAAAGAAAGUCUGAUGGAAAUAUUUAUGCUUUAAAAAAAGUAAAAAGUUGUGAUGAAAUAAAAUAAAGGUUAAAUUAGUGGAUAUAGGAGAUAGAGAGAAAUAGAAUGCUCUGAAUGAGGUUCGUUUUAUAGCAUCAAUCCAUCAUGAGAACGUAGUUUCUUACAAGGAAUGUUUCAUUGAAGNCAUAAUCAUAGUUUUCAUUAUCAAGAAUUCCUAAUAAUGA